AUGAGGGAUGAGUCGAUAGUGGUGAUUUAUGUGGCCACUGAAGAUAAAGAGUUUGGUAUCCCGUUAUCCUCCAACUGGUGCAUAGAAGAUUUAUGUAUCCAGGUAUGCAGGAGACUUGGGAUAGGCCCAAUAGCAAAGUAUCUAUUUGCCUUACAAUGCUAUUCUUCCAAACUGUGGUUUCCUUUUUGUCACAAACUUGACAAAAAAGGAAAAUAUAAGUUCAACUUUCGUUUGAGAUUUAAGCCAUCUAGUUUGCAGAGAUUGAAACAUAUAGAUAAACAGGCAUACAAUUAUUAUUUUCAACAAGCUCGUUCUGAUGUAAUGGAUAAUAAAGUACCUGACAUUGUUUAUGAGACACACAAGAGGGAACUAAUUGGCCUAGGAGUUAGCGAUAUGUACAGAGUAAUGCUUGAGAAACAAUUGCCACGAGAAACUGUAGAAUCAGACUACAAAAAGUAUAUUCCAAAGGAAUGUGUGAAGAGACAUGCCUUUUUCAUUAAGAAGCCUAUACGCAAUGCACUGGGACGAUUAUCUGGGCACGACGCUUCUCAUGUCAAAGAAGAGUAUCUAAAGCAAUUUGAAUGCAUGGCUCCCAACUAUCCCUAUGAGGAAUAUAAAGCAUUUAUGGACAAACCAGGUCCUGAUCCACCAGCUAAGGUUUUACUCAGGGUAAAAAUUGAGGAAGUAAAAUACUACGACACGGACAGCCGCGAGUGGGAUACACUUUGUGCAAUAGAGGAUCUCUGUUUCAUUUCUAUAGGGCAAGGUAACAACGUGGAAGUUUCGAGAAAAAAUGGUAUACCGACGUAUCUGACGUUCGACGACAAUGCACACUUAAUGUCCUUCGUAUCCGCGCUGGACGGAUAUUACCGAUUGUCUGUUAAGUGGACCUUCAAUCUCUGCAGUAGUGUUAUCACGCCUACCUUGGAUAGAUUGCACAAGUUAAAGUGCCAUGGACCAGUCGGAAAAGAGUUCUCGUAUGCCAAACUCAGGGAGAAACGUGCCAACAAAACGGGAACUUACAUACUGCGUGAGAGCGAGACCGAAUACGAUGUCUACUACAUCGACGUCUGCGGCACAGAUGGGAAAAUAUUGACACAGAGAGUAGAGCAGAUUGCGUCUAAUGAAUUCGCGCUACCAAAUAGUACAGAGAGAUAUAAAUCUCUGGGACAUUUGACCUCGUCAUUUCAAGAGCCCACCAAUGCUCUGUAUCUUACGGAGUGUUUGCCACCUUCGGAAUAUGACGUAUCGCCAUUAUUAAUAUGCGCCUCGGAAACAGUUGGCAAUGAAGUAGCGGCGGACGAGGAGAUAAUCAUUAACAUGUUGGAGGGCGGGCCACGGUGCGUUCAGUGGAAAGAUUUGCAGACGUACAAAACGUUUGUCAAGAGCGACGAGGACCUGGGUCGCAAGUCGCCCACGAAACUGUACCACGCCAUGUGGCGAAUCGCGAAGGGCAAAAAACUCGAGGUCGCGAUGAAGAUACUCAAGAAUGAAGAGAACAAUUAUACCAAAGAAUUCCUCGAGUUGGCCGGCAAGUGGGGCCAAUUGCGAUCGGGUGCUUUAGUAAGAUUAUACGGCAUAACUGUGGCGCCUACAAUUGGUAUGUUACUCGAAAACGUACAGAUGGGCCCGUUGGAUAAGUACCUACGCAGCAACCCUCCGCAGACGAUAAAAACGGCCGACAUGGUGGAGGCCACAACUUGUCUGGCGACGGCUCUGUGGCACUUGGAAGAGAACAAGGUGGUGCACGGACAUAUAAGGUGUAGGAAGCUGCUGGUGCACACGCACACCGCUAAUAGUUUUAUCGUCAAAUUGGCGGAUCCCGGUAUCUUCACUAACACAGAAGCCGAUUUACAUUGGAUACCGCCGGAAUGUUACUCAAAUCUGGAAUCCGCAAAACGCAAUCCGCAAGCUGACAUAUGGGCACUGGCCACGACCAUUUGGGAGAUAUUUUCCAGAGGACUUCCAAUUUGGAGGAUAUCUCCACCCUCGUAUCCCAAUGCAAAUAUCGUGAAGAAGUUUUAUGAAUCUGGAUACCGAUUGCCUCAGCCUGUCGGCUGUCCAAACAGCGUCUACAAGUUAAUGUUGCAAUGUUGGGGCGAGAAUAAUACGUCGAGGAAACAACCUCAGGCGAUCAUGCGAGAUAUCAAUCAAAUUCUGUAUCAGGUGUACAAUUCCCGUAGAACUCACGCUUACGCCACGGCAUUCCCCAAACUUUUUAAAGAAAACUAUCGAAUUCUUAAAAACAAAGAUGAUGAUGAGGACGACGACGACGACGCCGAUGACAAUAACGAAGACAUCGACGACGACGACGACGACGAUGAAGACAAUCAGGAUACAAUAGAGAAUACAACGGAGAACGGCGGAUCACGGAGAAGCAGUUCGAAUUUCACCGAAUAUACUAAUUUAUCUUAUGGGGAUACAGACGAUGCUACUUCAAGUACAAGGGCGUUACUUAUCCCUGCCGACUAUACAGAGGAUCUGUCCUCUUACCUAGACUUGCUGUUACGCACGAUGCGCGGUGGUACCAAAAAGCAUUCCAAGAAUCGUUUUCUCCGUUCAAAACGGGAAGAUAGCAUCAGUAAUGUGAUACAACUGAAGAACGGAAGCAAUGACAGCAACGGCAGCGUUGUCUACGAAAGCUCCUUAAGCCAGAUGCAGGAUGUCUUUGAACUGGAUGCGGAAUGUAAUGUAAUCCUGCAAGGACUUAUUGGUCAAGGCUUCUACGGCGAAGUGUAUAAGGGCGCGAUCGAGAGGGAAAACAGCAAGGAAGAGCCACAGCUGGUGGCUAUCAAGAAGCUCAAAACGCGCUCUAUGGAUACUAUGGGUCAGCGUGAUUUCGAGAGGGAAAUUUCGAUUAUGAAGACUCUCGCGCACCCGAAUAUCGUGCAAAUCUUAGCCGUUUUGUCAGACCCCGAACCAUGCCUGGUCAUGGAGUUUGUCAAGCAUGGUUCGCUGCAGAGCUACCUGGCGAUUAACCGGCACAGUCUCACGCAUAACAAACUGCUGGGUUUCGCCCACGACAUCGCCACAGGCAUGGACUAUCUCGGUAGCAUGAACAUUGUUCAUCGAGAUUUAGCGGCGAGAAACAUCUUGGUAGCGGACGAGAACCGAGUGAAGAUCAGCGACUUCGGCCUCGCGCAAGUCAUGGGCAACAACGAGUACUACAUAUUACAAACCAACCGCGAUCUUCCAAUAAAAUGGUAUGCACCGGAAAGUCUAAGGGACGGCAAGUUCUCGACCCGCUCGGACGUAUGGUCAUUCGGCGUGACGAUGUAUGAGAUCUUCAGCUUGGGUGAGGAUCCGAAGCUGCCAGGCUUUCAACAGAAACGCAUGGACAGCAGUAACGAUCCCGAGGAAGGGAGCAGCGCCGAGUUGUUGACCGCGUUGGAACAAGGUGCCCGUCUUCCUUGCCCGCCCAAGUGUCCACAAGCUGUGUAUGUGAAGCUGAUGUAUCCGUGUUGGAAUUUACAAAGCCAACUGAGGCCUAAGUUUUCUACCCUGUGUCAGGACAUCCAACAGCUCCUCUGCGAGUACUAAAGCGUCUCCUAGCGCAGCCUCGUUCGCUCUUACGGGUCACCCUGCUGACGUACCAGAAAUAUAGACUGGGUAUCCCGUUACCUAUCCACCUAUCCACCCCUGUCCCUCAUUUUAGUAGUUUGACGAGUUUAUGAAGCUGAACUGCUUCGUAAACGAACUUCAUCGGAACGUUGCACCUCGCACCAUUUGAUACUAGACAUACAUCUCGCCGAUUGGAUUUUGAAUUAAUGUGAAUUCGACACUUUAUGUUCGCAGUGUGACACAAGGGUGUAAUAAUGCUCGGGCUACGACUGAUGAAGGGUUAAGAUUUAGAAAAAAAAAAUAAGCAUGCACAAAAAGAACAAGGCCUUUCCUUGCCCUGGAAGAUCAAUUCGCGAAGGCUCGCCGCGUAUUUCUUCUUUUUUAAUUUUUUUUUAUCCUUGGGAAGUUAUCGCAACUCUCGAUAUACUCCGAAUUAAGAGAAGCCCUCACUCGUCCGAAGGAGAAUCGGGGAAUCGACGGUUUGAUUCAAGAACGCGAUAUCGAACACGCAUCUCCCAUAGCAAAGGUGUAUCUAGUCGACUAUCGUGCCGCUACUUUAUAUUAUUCUACCGUGUGAAAUAAACAGCCUCAGUAUUUUUUCAA